ACUAACAGCAGGAUCCACUGAAUGCUCGCAAGAGAAUGACUGGAAUACUUCAGCUGUUGUUAUUGGUCAGCGCGACAGUAGCUUCCGAACCAUCGUGUCCAGCAUGCUCCAAAUACGACUACGAGGAAAAGGUGCUCGAGAGAAUUAUCCGCAUGGAGUUCGCUUUUGAGAAAGUGUUAAAGGAAAACAAGGCUGUGAGCAAAACUGUUGAGCAAGAUCUAACGCGGUUCAAAGAAGAAAACGAACGUUUGCACGCGACCGUUGAUGCCCUAAAGGAUCAACAUGAGCGAGCAGAACGCAGACUGGUUUCGCUCAUGGGGGAAUUUGAGAGAAACCAGUCCAGCACACUGGAGAGGACAGUUUCCGAUUCCAACACUACGUUAGAACAAACUAUUGCCGCCUUCAAUGGUAAAAAAGACCAAAUCGCUAUUCCACUGGUAUACUUCCACGCCCACUCUCCACAGACCAGCAGCCUGUCCACAGGUGAGGUGAUAGUCUACAAGACAGUAGAGACCAACGAUGGUAACGGCUACAGCCCCACCACGGGCAAAUUUACCGCUCCAGUACGGGGACUCUACUUGUUCUUUAUGCACACAUGCACACCUUCAAACAAUUACGCUUUUCUCCAUAUAGUUAAAGAAGGCACAGUCCUCAUUGCAACUUCACACUAUGACAAAGACUAUUAUACCUGUUCUAGUAGUCAGGCGAUUGUACAGCUUGAAGCCGGGGAAACUGUCUGGGUACAAUCCUCCAGUGGGGCCUCGAACAGAAUACUGAAUGAGGAUCAUCCUUACCGCUGGACCAGUUUUAGUGGUGUUCUCCUUCACAACUGACCAGCUUAGGUCAUUGCUUAUAAAAAGCACAAAGGCAAAGAAUAUACAAUUUAAAUUUCGCAAUGAUUGAUUACCUUUUUUUCAAACAAAGUAUUGUCAUUGGUUUCAAUUUGAUUUGAAUAUACAGCUUUCUGUCAAAUGUCCAAAUAUGAAAUGGCUUGCGUUACGUCAUGUUACGUACAUUCGUGUAUUGAAG